CCGGGCCGGGCAGCGCCGGGAGCUCCCCGGGUUCGUCUGUGCCGAUCUCCUGAAUUGGCUGCUGACUAGAGCUGACAGAUAAUGGAAACAUUUCCUUGGCGAUGUCUCUGGGGCGACUCCUCCGACGUGCCUCGUCCAAAGCCUCCGACCUCCUGACCCUGAAUCCCGGUGACGGUGGCAGCUCAUCUUCUGUGCUUGAUGGGGAGAUUAUCUACUCCAAGAACAAUGUCUGUGUCCACCCCCCUGAGCUGCUCCAAGGCAUCGGGGAGCACCAUCCAGGCUACCUGUGCUUGUACAUGGAGAAGGAUGAGCUCCUGGGGACCACGCUGAUCCUGGCCUGGGUGCCCAACUCCCGCAUCCAGAGGCAGGAUGAGGAAGCCCUGCGCUACAUCACCCCCGAGAGCUCCCCUGUGCGCAAAGCCGCGCGGAAACGCGGCCGCCACGCUCAGGGCCUCGGCCUUGCCUUGCCCCCCGAGCACAGGGGGGCCCUGAUCCUCAGGGGAGACGAGAUCCUGGCCGUGCCACAGCCUGCCAGAGAUGGGCCCCAUGCCAGUCCCCCGUCCUCAGAGGGGGAGAGGCUGUCCCAGGGCUGCGCCCGCCGGUCCCCUCAGCCCCCCCGCAGCGACUCAGGGAUCCUGUGCACGGGCGGCUCCCAGGAGGAGCAGAACAGGUCGGAGCUGUCGGUGGAGGGCACGGAGGAGGGGCUGGACUGCCGUGAGGACGAGGGCUCCUUGGAGCUGUCUGCUGAUGAUGUGAGCAGGGACAGCACUUUUGACUCUGAUUCCGAUGCCUUCUCCUCCCCCUUCUGCCUCUCUCCCAUCAGUGAAGCCCUUGGGAAAAGCAGCAGUUCCGUGUUUCUGGACAGUGAAAGCAGGGACACGUGUGACAAUCGCAUGACCUGCUCCACCAGCUCUGCCUCCAGCCUCGACACCAGUGCCCAGUUCCAGGAGAACAAUGGGCAGACACAGAGCACCAGAUGGGAUGAACAGCAGAAGGUAUUUGCCCUCGAGCAGGUCUGUGGUGUCUUCAGAGUGGACCUGGGACAAAUGAGAUCCCUUCGUCUCUUCUUCAGUGAUGAGGCGUGCACCUGUGGACAGCUGGUGGUUGCAAGCAGGGAGAGCCAGUACAAGAUCUUCCAUUUUCACCACGGUGGCCUGGAUAAACUGUCCGAGGUGUUUCAGCAGUGGAAGUACUGCACAGAGACCCAUCUCAAGGACCAGCAGCUUGCUGAUGAGAAAACCUGCAUGCAGUUCUCCAUCCGCCGUCCCAAGCUGCCCUCCUCGGAAACCCACCCGGAGGAGAACACGUACCGGCGCCUCGACGUGUCUGCCUGGCUCCAUCACCUGAAUGAAUCUGGACAGGUGGAAGAGGAGUACAAGCUGCAGAAGGCCAUUUUCUUUGGUGGGAUUGAUAUUUCCAUCCGUGGGGAGGUGUGGCCCUUUCUGCUGCACUACUACAGCUACGAGUCCACUUCUGAAGAGAGGGAGGCACUGAGGCUGCAGAAGAGGAAGGAAUACUUUGAGAUCCAGGAGAAAAGGCUGUCCAUGACUCCGGAUGAACAGAAGGAUUUCUGGCGUCAAGUGCAGUUCACGGUGGACAAGGACGUGGUGAGGACUGACCGCAGCAACCAGUUCUUCCGAGGGGAGGACAACCCCAACGUGGAGACGAUGAGGAGGAUCUUGCUGAACUAUGCAGUAUUUAACCCAGCCAUUGGAUACUCCCAGGGCAUGUCUGACCUGGUUGCUCCACUCCUGGCAGAGAUCCUGGAUGAGUCGGAUACUUUCUGGUGCUUUGUGGGAUUGAUGCAGAACACGAUCUUCAUCAGCUCCCCCCGGGAUGAGGACAUGGAGAAGCAGCUGAUGUACCUGCGCGAGCUGCUGCGGCUCAUGCACCCCCGCUUCCACCAGCACCUGUCUGCCCUGGGGGAGGAUGGCCUGCAGAUGCUCUUCUGUCACCGCUGGAUCCUCCUGUGUUUCAAACGGGAGUUCCCAGAGGCCGAGGCCCUGCGCAUGUGGGAGGCCUGCUGGGCUCACUACCAGACGGACUAUUUCCACCUCUUCAUCUGCGUGGCCAUCGUGGUGAUUUACGGGGAUGAUGUCAUUGAACAACAGCUGGCCACUGACCAGAUGCUGCUGCAUUUCAGCAACCUGGCCAUGCACAUGAAUGGGGAGCUCGUACUCAGGAAGGCCAGGAGUCUGCUCUAUCAGUUCCACCUGCUGCCCCGCAUCCCCUGCAGCCUGCACGACCUCUGCAAGCUGUGUGGGACAGGGAUGUGGGACAGCGGCUUCAUCCCCGCCGUGGAGUGCUCCGGCCAUCACCCCGAAUCCGAGAGCUGCCCGUACGGGGGGCUGGUGGAAGUGUCUUCUCCUAGACCGGGAAGUGAAGGCAAGAAAGGCCUGAAAACACGGGAUGUCUUUGCCUUCCGAAAAUAGCUGAGAGGAACAGGGUGUGACGGCGGAAGGGAAGGGCAGGAAGGAUGUGCAUAGGAAAAAAUGUUGAAGGCAAAAAUGGAGGAAUAGCUUGUCAAGAUUCCUGAGAAGACUGGAAGGUGGGAAAUGGAAGAGGAAUUAAAUCACUCUAUAAGGGAAGCAAGUUCCAGUGCAUGGAUGGUGGAACUUGAGCAAAAGGCAUCGACCCAGGAACUGUGCUGACACGUGUUUGCGUUUGGUUUUGUUAGAAACGAGCUUUUCUAGGUCUUAACGAGGACUUUUUAUUCUGCCUCUGGGACUGGACUGGUUAUCAACCAGAACUUUCUUAUUUGCUAAUGAGAAACGAGAACACUCAAGAGAGCCAAGUGCAGCUGGCAGUGCUGGUGGGGCCGGGCAGGAGCGGGGCAGGAGCUGGA